UCCUCGGUCCUCAAUUCGUCGGCAGUGGUUGGGUGGCCAGUGCCGUACCUCUCUGAAUCUCCAGUGCCUGGGGACAUCUGAUCCACGUGAGGAGGAGGCCAGGGUGGACACAACUGCACUGGUGGUCGAUGAUCUCCAACGAUGUGUGACAAUGUCAGAUAACCGAAGGUAUCGUUACAUGAGAUAUGACUGGUAGUUAGUUACUAGGGCAUGUGGGAAGAUUCGCAAACAGGGUGAGUCAAGCUAAAGCGAACUAGUAAUAUGACCCACACGUCAUGCGUACAAAGCAGGCAGUUGAAUUACUGUUGGAAAAGUAGAAAUGUUGGCUGCAAUAGCCAGUACUCAUUGGCUGUCAGAAAAAUAUGCUGUGCACUAGAACCCUUUGCAAUGUCCACUGCAAACAGCCCAGUUCUCAUUUCUCACAGCCUCAGGGUCCUUCCAGGACAGUCAUCUCAGUGGUGGCUACAACUUGUCUAAAAGCCCCGAAAACAUCGGCAAAGCCACAGGGCUCUUGCUAUCAUAAUUCCGCUACUGGAUGUUAGAGUGGUGGAGGGCUGCCGCGGUGGUGAGCCAUUGGUGGGUCCUAGCAGAGCGACGACAUGUUGGCUACAGGGAGCACCUCGGCUCGGACGUUUCGGUCGCGAGUUACCUCAGGGUAUAUUGAGUGAGGGAGGUGGGUAAAGGGAACGAGAAAAAAACGAUUCUCUACCUCCCCGUGUUAAGUGACAAAAGGACAAUUCGCAAAGCCCUCGAAUCAGCCAUUCGUACAAAGUUUAUUCACAAUCAAUUUCCGGAUAAAAUCCGAAAAAAAAUCUCCAAGGAAAAUUAACGGACUCAUGUGUCAAAAUUUGCACAAUUGAGGAGAGCCUGAGAGUUCUUGGAUUAUCAGUCGUAAUUAGCCCCAGUGAUUACAGUGAUUACCACGGCCCAGAGGAGAUUCGAUUUUUGUGUGGGGGGCAAGUUCUUCUCCGCUAAUAGCUAGACUCCCGAUUAUUAGUCGGUGUUGUGCCAUUGUAGGCUUACUCGUUUCAUCAGUGCAGUCUUUUUCAUCGUUUUUUCCUCGUUCUUUCGGCUGUUUCGGUUCUAUUCUGGUCUGUGUGUUGGUUCUAGUGGUUCUAGUAGAGCUGGAGCGCGGGGAGAGCCGGGAGUGAACAGUGGGAGGAUGCUCAGCCCGGUUUAACAUUCCGUUUUUUUUUUAAAUUGAUCAAUUCUUACGAAAAACACGUGAAGAUUGCUACAUUAUUGAUGGUGUGAACGAGCUAUUGAAGCAGUAAAAUUCACAUAAAUCCACAAAAUUACAUGAGAUUAACAUUGAAAUAUAUGUGAGUACAGGAGUGCAUUUCUGUGCGCGCGCGGGUCCUUCUAAGUAUACGUAUCUAUAUAACAAGUCGUAUAUAUGUACAAUCGAAAUCAAAACGAUGAGAUAAGAGAGGAAAAAAAUGAAAAUUCACAUUAAAUAACCAAGAGAGCUGGAUAAUUCACAAGUACUAACUGCUAAUUGAUAAUAAUAAUAAUAAAUAAUAAUACUAAUAAUAAUAAUAAAUCAUAAAUACUAAUAAUAAUAAUAAUAGCAAUAGAUGAACGAAGAAGAGUGAUUAUUCCACAAGGAGAAUUGAUUGAGUUUGAUACGAAGAUGGUCUGUAGAUCAGACCAGACAAGAUCGUCGAGCUAAACGAGUGCAUAAAGUCGACAUUGUCAUCAUUAUUAUUAUUUUUUUAAUCCAAUUCGUUUCUUUCGGGUAAUCCGUCUCUCCCAUUCUACGCUCGAUCUGGCAGCAACGAGUAUAUACCGUCAGCCAAUACGUGAGGCGAUCUAUUUUAACAUUUCGUCGUUAGUGACUUGGGGAUUUUAGUGUAUAAUAUGCCUUGUGAGGUGGGUGGUGGAGAGGUGUAAGAAAGCGACAACUAGGCGAGAUUGUAUUUCUCAGGCGAAACACGCGCCUCCCCUGUGUCAUCGCCGUCGCCCAGUGGAAUCAGCUUGUGUGCCCUUCAACAAUUAGGAAUUUUCAUCGUUAAUUUAUCCCGGAGGUAGAAUAAUCACUGGAGGAUAUACGAUUGAUAUUGGAAAAUUCAGUGGCACUGAAGACUUCAUUAGAUCCAAAGGGUUUGGAUUUUGGUGUAAUUAUUUGAUGAUAAAAAUACAAGGAUACAGGCGCCUAGUCAUCAGUAUGCUGAGACCGCUUAAUUUCAGCUGCUUCAGAGCUAUGGAGACAUAGAUAUUAAAACGCUUCAACGUCAAUUUGGAAAUAAUUAACUGGUGGACAUUAUCUGAAUCAAUUAAUCAACUAAUCGUAGGAUAAUUAAUCUCGGGGAUCAUCAAUGUGUAUGUGGCUUCUUGAUAGUUAUGACACGAAAAACGCCGCGAGGUGAAAAGUAAAAGUAGAGUUCUUGUCCCUGAGUACCUAAUUUCUUAUUCAGUAUUCUUAUCGUCCUUGUGUUUCUCCCCUGGGUUUAUUCCCUCGAAAGGGAGAUCAAAAGCAAGUGUAAUUCCCCUUGACUCCCUCGGAAAAGCGAAAAAAAAAUUGCCUCAAGGACUUGUAACGAGGCAUAAGAAAUUACCAAUAGCCGAUUUCCACAGUUGAUUGUUACAAUUUUCGUCAGUGGAAGUGGAGGAAAAACAGGAAAAAGGGAGAGUGGAGGGGCAGGGGGAGGAGGACGAGGAGGACGAAGAAGAAAAGGUGGCGAAUUAUAGGCGGCACGAGAAGAAGAGGGAACGUAAGAAAAAAAGACAAAAAGCUGGAUAAAAUAUACGCGAAUAAUGAGAUAUGGAUUCGUAAUAGAAUCGGUGGGAUUGAAAUUAAGAAUUCAUUGUACCAAGACUUUUUAAUAACGAUACAAGUGGCUAUUGAAUAGCGCUGGUACGAUUGCCGAUCGUGCUGAUUUUUUUUUCAUCAUAAACAAAUAAAUAAAUAAAUACAUUGAAGGGAAAACGAAGAGAAUAUAAUACCAGUGAUCAACCAAAAAAGGGAAGAACAACAAUUUGUUGUGCGGCUCGUGUGUCAUGGGGUGUUUCGGCAGCCAGAGCAGCAAGGCCAGCCAGGAUGACAGCAAGACCCAGAAGAGGCGUUCAGACGCAAUCACGAGACAGCUACAGAAGGACAAGCAGGUCUACAGAGCGACACACAGGCUCCUACUGCUCGGGGCCGGUGAGUCUGGAAAAAGCACCAUCGUGAAGCAGAUGAGAAUAUUGCACGUCAACGGCUUCAGCGAAGCGGAGAAGCGCCAAAAAAUAGAGGAUAUUAAGAAAAACAUCAGGGAUGCCAUCUUGACGAUUACAACGGCGAUGAGCACGUUGACACCACCUGUCACACUCGAGAAUCCAGUAAAUCAGAGUAAAGUUGAUUAUGUGCUGGACGUCUCGUCAUCUCCAGAUUUCGAUUAUCCGUCGGAGUUCUAUGGAAUUGUCGAGGCCCUCUGGAGAGACCGAGGGGUUCAACAGAGCUUUGAGAGGAGCAACGAGUAUCAACUCAUUGACUGCGCCAAAUAUUUCCUAGAUAAAGUCUCCAUCGUUAAGCAGCCUGAUUACACUCCAACUGAACAGGAUAUUUUAAGGUGUCGAGUUCUCACAUCCGGUAUCUUCGAGACUCGGUUUCAAGUCGACAAAGUCAACUUUCAUAUGUUCGACGUUGGAGGCCAGAGAGAUGAAAGAAGAAAAUGGAUACAGUGUUUCAACGACGUGACUGCAAUAAUAUUUGUUACCGCUUGUAGUAGUUACAACAUGGUGCUCAGAGAAGAUCCAACAAAAUUGAGACUCCGAGAGAGUCUUGAUUUAUUCAAAAGUAUUUGGAAUAAUAGGUGGUUACGUACAAUAUCCGUAAUCCUGUUUUUAAACAAGCAAGAUCUCCUAGCUGAAAAAGUUAAAGCAGGUAAGCACAAAUUGGAGGACUACUUUCCAGAAUUCUCACGAUACCAAACUCCGAUCGAACCCGGUGUGGUAACAGAUCCUGCAGAACCUCCAGAGGUUAUAAGAGCUAAAUAUUUCAUCAGAGAUGAAUUCCUUCGUAUCAGUACAGCUAGUGGAGAUGGGAAACAUUACUGCUAUCCACACUUUACAUGUGCAGUUGACACAGAAAACAUCAAGAGAGUAUUCAAUGACUGUCGUGACAUAAUUCAACGUAUGCACCUGCGGCAAUAUGAACUCUUGUGACUUGGUUUCAACUAUUGCCUAGUAUUGUCUGUCCAAUUACUAUUAUUUCUCUUUUCUCCAUUUCACGUUGGUAACCAAAAACUUUCGUGCAUUACCUUUAAUUUAUAAAGAAAACAAAACGCCAAGUACGUGGGGCAAUUAUACCCUCACCCACGAAAAAGUUGAAGGAAAAAAAAUGGAAAAAAAUGGAGAUGAAUCGAUUAAUUUCACUGAAGAGUAAUUUCAAAGAAAUUGAUGAAUAAAUUCAAACCAUCAAGGGAAGUUGCCUCUGACGUGGAAAAAGCUUCACCAAAUCAAAUAUGCAGAAGGAACAAAUUAUGGCUUUGAUUGAUCACUCGGAACUUUAUUUCCCGCGAUAGGCCGGGAUUGUUCAAAUUCUCAAGAUCAUCCUUCUCCCUUCCUCCCUAUCUAGACCCCAUCACCAAAUAUCAAUUUUAUUAUAUUUACACAAUUCUUUCCAAUGUCACUCGACGCACUGUGAUCCGUUACCUCGAAUCUUAUUUUUUCUUCUUCCUAUUUUGUUUUAAAAUUCCAUUGUCUAUAAUAUCUGAUAAUGCUGAAAAAUCACUGAAAUCCCCUUGAAUGUUACGUGAAUAGAGUCUCACAAUCCGUCAGGUAAUCUCUUCCUCGAAGAAGCACAUGAAUCUCUUGAACUAUUGUAAUACCGUGAAACGUCUCGUAUCACGAAUUUUUAUUGUUUAUCACACAUGUCCAACAGCACCAAACAACUACCCUACUAUUAAACUACAAAAGAAAAAAAAACAAAUGUUCUGUUCUUUAUCUUCUUUUUGUGAGAUUUUACAGUAUUUCGAGGAAGCUUUGUUUUUAAUUAUACAAUUUAUGUAUGUAUUAACUAUGUACAGAGGGCGUCAAUCUGAUUCGAAGUUGUUUUUAAAUAAUUUAUUUAUCAUUUAGUAAAUAUA